AUGGUUGGAAUCUACGCGAUGACUAGGCCUGUUCUCUUUAUUCGCGAUCCCGAACUCUGCCGUAGGAUCCUUAUAAAGGAUUUUCAGUACUUUCAUGAUCGAGGAAUUUAUUCAAAUGCCGAAGCUGAUCCCCUGUCAGCUCACCUUGUUGCCCUAAAUGGUGAAAGCUGGAAGAAUCUGCGCAACAAACUGUCUCCAGCCUUUACCACGGGCAAGCUAAGGGGGAUGUUUGAGAGCAUUGCUGAAGCAAAUAAAAAUCUUGAGACUUUCCUUUUCAAGGAAGCUCAGCUUGGAAAUGAAGUUGAUAUGUUUGACCUUAUGGGACGACAUAUGACCAAUGUUAUUGCCUCUGCUAUCCUUGGUUUCGAAGUGGACUGUAUAGCAGAUCCCAAUGCUCCGAUUCGGGAAGCUGGAAAGAGGUUUUUCAAACCUUCGGGAAUGAAUGGAUUUCGCUUAGGAAUGAGUUUCUUCCUACCAACGGUGUCUCAGUGGAUCAGACUAAAGACAACAGAUGCCAGGUAUGAGGAAAUUAUGAUGACGAUGGUUAAGCAAAUUGUGGAAGAGAGAGAAAAGACAAACUCAGAGAAUAAAGAUUUCAUGCAAAUGUUGAUACAACUGAGAAAUUCCGGAGUGAUCAAGGAGGAAGAUGAUUGGACCAUCAAAACCAACACUGACAAAUCCGCCAAGAUGUCCUUGGGAGAGGUAGCAGCUCAGGUUCAUUUGUUCUACAUUGCUGGAUAUGACACAACUGCUCUGACUAUAGCGUACUGUCUUUUUGAAUUAGCCAAACAGCCCCAUCUUCUUACAAAGGCUCAGAAGGAGAUUAGAGAUGUCCUAAAACGUCAUGAUGGUCAACUUACGUAUGAUAGCGUAGCCGAAAUGAAAUUCCUCGAUUGCUGCGUCUACGAAAUCCUCCGGCUUUACAGCUUGGUCAUCAUUCUUAAGCGGGAAUGUUCCAAAGACUACCAUGUCCCAGGAACGGAUUCUGUAAUCGAGAAAGGAACUCCAAUCAUGAUACCAACAGUCAGUAUCCACCAUGAUCCAAAAUACUACCCGAAGCCAAAAGAAUUUAAACCAGAACGAUUCGAAGGGAGAACCUCUAGCGAUCAAACUGGGAUGUACCUACCUUUCGGACUAGGUCCUAAGCAGUGUAUUGCAAUGAACAUGGGCAGAGUAAUAUCGAAGAUUGCUUUGGUGUCUAUCCUCGACAAUUUUAACGUACAUCUCAGUGAGGGUCUUGAGAAAAACCAAGAAUUAGGAUUCAUCCCUAACUCAAUCAUGAGGAUCCCCAUUGGAGGAUUGAAGUUGAAGAUCUCACGAAGAAAGGAUAAGAGUAGCAAGAAGGUUCAAAUACAAGAGUAA